UACUGCAGAAGUGUCGAGCCGGAGCAACACACGUGUGAAAUUUGAAGAACUUUUUACCAUGUCUGGCUCAUUUUCUCAACAGUUGGAAGAUUUACUUAAUCCGCAGCCAAAAUUUAUUGAUCCCGAAGAUGAUGGCGACGAGGAUACGAAAGCCAGAGUGAUAGAAAAUUUUAACGAAGAUGAAAAGGACAAUGGAGACAGGAGACCGAGUACCCUGAGGAAACACGCCGCCUCUCUGCUCUCAGACACGGACAAGAGGUAUGUGGGCAAAGCGGUGUCCAGAAAACAACUGAUGCGGGACAUGGGAUAUUCCGAGAAUAAUGAUGAUGAUGAUGGUGGUGAUGGUGAUGAAGAAGUUGAUGAAGCUGUUGAAGAUGAUGACGAGCAAGAGGGUGAAGAAGGAGAAGAUGAUGAUGGAGAGGAGGAAGAAGAGGCAGAAGAAGAGUUUCAAGAAAAAGAUGAAGAUAACAAUUUAAAUGAUGAUGGUGACAAUCUAAAUGACUCUGAAGUGACUUUUCCAAAAGGAGUGGACUUCCACAAACUGACAGAGGGCAUGGAUGACUUAGGAGUGAGUGAGGGGGAGGAGGAAGAGGAGGAUGAACAGGAAAGUGAAGAAGAUGAUGAUGAAGAAAGCUCUGAGGAGCUAGAUGACCAUGACAACUCCACUGUGCAGACAUUUUCUCAAGACAAAGUCAAUGAGGAAGUAGAGAAAGGCAAAGCCGUAAAGAACCAACUAGCUCUGUGGGACCAGCUUCUUGAAGGACGAAUCAAAUUCCAGAAAGCUCUUGUUUCAGUCAAUCAGCUUCCUCAACCUUUGACCUUGCCAGAAUUCAAGAAAUAUGCAGAAUUUGCCAGUGCACUGAAAAAUUCGCACAAAGCAUUAAAAGCUCUACAAAGAUCAUUACUGGAGUUACACGAUGAACUUCUUGUACAAAAUGCGGAUACAAGAGCGAUCAGCUUGGGAGAGCAAAGCGAUGAAGAGAUUCUAAGCGAUGACGAUUGCGAUGUAGAACAAAGAAAUAAAAAGCCACAAAAACGUAAACUAGAAAUGGCCAAAUAUCCAGGUUUUAUGGCCAAACGUUUUGCGGCAUUCACGCCUUACCAGAACGCAACUCUCCAAAAGUGGCAUGACAAAACCAGGCUAACCAUGGGGAAAACCAGCAAAUCUUUUGGCGCAUUUGAAAGAAACAUACUUACCCAAAUUGAGCAAGUCCUUAUGGAUAAAGAGAGACUGAUAAAGCGUGUGCAAAUUCGUCGAUCAGAAUAUAAGGUUAUGGGAAAGAAAGAAUGCGCGUUCACAUUGGAAAAUGCAAUGGUAAAAGAGGAGUCGGAGAAACAGCUAAAAACAAAUUCGCAUCUCAAAGACGUAGAUGAGGACAUUUUUGAUGAUGAUGAUUUUUACCAUCAGUUAUUGAGAGAGCUUAUUGAACGCAAGACGAGCGAGCCAGACCCCAAUGACCAAGUGGCAAUGGGCAGGCAGUGGUUGGCAAUACAGAAACUGAGGAGUAAGAUAAAAAAGAAAGUGGAUACCAAAGCAAGUAAAGGGCGGAAGGUCAGAUACCACGUUCACAAUAAACUGGUCAACUUCAUGGCUCCUGUGGAUCACAGUACGAUGACGGAUGAAGCAAAGAGUGAACUGUACAGAGGGCUUUUUGGACAGAAUUCAACCAGCAGGGAGUGACCUCAGAUGAAUUUGUAACUUCUAACUUUGUUCAAUUAAUAAUUAAAAAUGGACAUAACUAAUGGUACCCCACUUUAGUAGCUGGAUCUCUCCUGCAGUAUGGAGAUUUAAAUAAACAUUGUAAUUGUUUCUCAGGAAAAAUUUAAGCUUUGCUUAAAUUUUUUUGUAAUAAAAAGCUUUCCUUACAGUAUGGGAAAGUACUUAUAGACAUAUUUUGAAUUAAAAGUUUUUAGUUACACAGGUUGACGGGGUAAAGGGUACCGUUUGCCCAGGGUCCAGUGCAAAGUCUGUAAUGGCCACAAUAUGUUGUGCGGGUCCACAAAGAAUUUGUGUCCAGGGCCCAGAAUUUGGUGCUACACCCCUGCAUAUUGUCAUCCUUAUAAUCAUACCAACUCUUUUGAUAAUAUACCAUUAAAAUAGGCUUGUUAUUGUGAUAUUUUGAUGCAGUUAGAAAGGACAGAAGAGAAGAUUGUUUAAUCAUAUUAUUUUCCACAAAGAAAAGCAGAAUAGCAUCAAGUAUGAUCAUAUUGUUUAUAAAUGCAUUCAUUU